CGCGACAUCAAACUUGUGACGUCUCCAUUAGCUGUCCGGAAGGAAUCGAGCGUCUAGUCGGUAACGGAGCUGCGGGACUUUUAAACAGCGAUCCGGAACUGCUGGCUUUUUAAGAAAAUCGGGACUGACCGGGCAUUAAAGUAUCUGUUGGCUGUAGGUAUAUUGUGCACCCUAAUCACUGACACAAUGCAGCAGCAGGGACCCUAAUGAUCUGCACACUAUCUGUGAUGGACCGGGGGGGUGGAUACACAUAUCCUGAGCCACAGCAUGGAGCCAACGGAAUGAGCCCAGCAACUGCUAUGCUUUACCAACAAAGCCAGUCUGAGUCUGAGACCCUAUCGCCGGCUGGCAACCUGUGGACACAUUACCCAUAUUCACCUGCUCAUUGCUUGCCCCAUGCUUCUCUCACCAGCCCAAGUCAACCAUUUUUUAAUAACCCAGUGCAAUCAAGCGUUUUUCAAGACUCUGCUUCUCAGAGCUACUCUUCUUCCUUCUUGGCAUCCAACUACUUGGACUUUCAGGAACCAUCCCUGACCAAUGACUUCUCCAACCACUCCCUCCUCUCGUCUUCUCCAGAUUCUUUAUCCGAUAUUAGAGAUACCCACGAUUUCCUGACAAUAGAAGGACUGGAUAGGGUACCAACCUUAUGGGAUAGCAACACAGCACAUCAAGGUCUCAGCAAUUCCCAACUCUUCCUUAAUACUUCCCUUCCAUCUUUGGAAACUUUUGAAGACUUGGCAGCAAUAAUUAACACUUCCUCUACACAAGAACGGCUUCCUCAAGAGGAGGAAGAGGAAGAUGAGGACACCGAAGAAUUAGGGCACACAGAAACUUAUGCUGACUAUGUGCCAUCUAAAUCAAAAAUUGGAAGGCAGCAUCCUGACAGAGUGGUAGAGACCAGCACCUUAUCUAGUGUUCCUCCGCCAGAUAUCUCCUACUCUUUGGCUCUGCCCCUCCAAAUUAUUGCACAAGGUCUUCUCUCAGCAUUGCAGCUGGAAGCUAUAGUGUAUGCCUGCCAGCAACAUGAAGUUAUUCUACCAAGUGGGCAACGUGCUGGCUUCCUUAUCGGAGAUGGAGCAGGAGUGGGGAAGGGAAGGACAGUCUCUGGAAUUAUACUGGAAAAUUUUAAAAAGGGAAGAAAAAAAGCACUGUGGUUCAGUGUAUCUAAUGAUCUGCGCUGUGAUGCAGAGCGAGAUCUACGGGAUAUUAAUGCUGGUUGUAUAGCAGUGCAUGCACUCAACAAGAUUAAGUAUGGAGACACGUCUUCAUCAGAAGGGGUUCUGUUUGCCACUUAUUCAGCCCUGAUUGGGGAGAGCCAGGCAGGAGGACAGCAUCGCACACGUAUUAAACAAAUCAGAGACUGGUGUGGAGAGAACUUUGAUGGAGUGAUUGUGUUUGAUGAAUGUCAUAAAGCCAAGAAUGCUUCUAGCACCAAAAUGGGGCGGGCAGUUCUAGAGCUACAGAACAACCUACCCAUGGCAAGAGUAGUGUAUGCCAGUGCCACAGGUGCUUCUGAGCCCAAGAACAUGAUCUACAUGAGCCGUUUGGGAAUUUGGGGGGAGGGCACAUCCUUCAGCACUUUUGAUGACUUCUUGCAUGCAAUUGAAAAGAGAGGUGUAGGUGCCAUGGAAAUUGUUGCCAUGGAUAUGAAAGUUAGUGGCAUGUAUAUUGCAAGGCAACUUAGCUUUUCUGGAGUCACUUUCCGAAUUGAAGAAAUUCCCUUGGAGGAGUCUUAUAAACAGAUGUACAACAGAGCAGCACAGCUGUGGGCAGAAGCAUUAAUUGUUUUCCAGACUGCUGCUGAUUGUUUAGGAUUAGAGUCACGGAAAUCUCUCUGGGGCCAGUUCUGGUCCGCUCAUCAGCGUUUUUUCAAGUAUUUGUGCAUUGCAUCGAAAGUGCAACGCCUUGUGACUCUAGUCAAUCAAGAACUUGCAAAGGGCAAGUGUGUGGUCAUUGGUUUACAGUCAACAGGAGAGGCUCGUACACGGGAAGUCAUGGAUGAAAAUGAUGGUCAUCUUGACUGCUUUGUUUCAGCUGCAGUGGGUGUCUUCAGAUCUUUAAUACUUAAACAUUUCCCAUCCACCAAGCGAAAACGUGAAAAAGCCAUACAAAAGAGAAAACGGAGAGGAAAGCCUCGCAGUGGAAAGUUUUCCCGUGGAGAUCUGAGUUUAAUACGUAUCAGUGAGGAAAGUAGCUCAAAUUCUGACGGAGGGUUGGAUAGUGAUUUCAACUCUUCACCCGAGUCCUUUCAAGAUGACGAUGUCAUUUAUAUUGAACGCACAAUUAAUGGAAUGACUCUUCCUGACCAUGUUCCUGAAGUGGAUCUCCAGAAGAUGGAGCUUCUAAAAAAAGUUGAGAUGCUAGGAAAGGAAUUACCUCUCAAUACUCUAGACGAGCUUAUAGAUCAGUUUGGGGGUCCAGAAAAGGUGGCUGAGAUGACUGGGCGAAAGGGUCGUGUAGUUCGUAAAAGUAACGGAACUGUGUUGUUUGAAUCUCGAGCUGAGCAGAAUCUAUCCAUAGAUAAUGUAAAUCUUAGAGAAAAAGAACGUUUCAUGAAUGGAGAAAAGUUAGUAGCAAUAAUCUCAGAGGCAUCAAGUUCAGGGAUCUCUCUUCAAGCAGACAGGCGAGUCCCUAACCAGCGUCGCCGUGUCCACAUGACACUUGAGCUUCCAUGGAGUGCUGACAGAGCCAUUCAGCAAUUUGGCCGUACUCAUCGUUCUAACCAGGUGUCUGCUCCAGAGUACGUCUUCCUAAUCUCAGAACUUGCAGGGGAAAAAAGAUUUGCUUCUAUUGUAGCCAAGAGGUUGGAGAGUUUGGGAGCUUUGACUCAUGGGGACCGGCGAGCCACAGAAUCUAGAGAUCUGAGCAAGUACAACUUUGAGAAUAAGUAUGGGACACGGGCUCUUGAGCAGAUUUUGUCUGCUAUCCUAAACCAGACACAAAGAGAGGUGACUCCUCCAAGCGAUUAUCCAGGAGGCGCUACAGCAUUUUUCCAUGAAAUAAAGCAAGGGCUUCUCUCUGUGGGGAUUUGCUGCAGGGAAACAAAGCAUAAUGCCAUUGAGAAGGAAUGUUCAGUCACUAAGUUCCUUAAUCGGAUGCUUGGACUUGAAGUUCAUAAGCAGAAUAGCCUCUUCCAGUUUUUUUCUGAUACAUUUGAUUAUCUUAUUGAAAAGGACAAAAAGGAAGGAAAAUAUGAUAUGGGCAUAUUGGAUCUGGCCCCUGGAGUGGAUGAGAUUUACCAAGAGAGUAAAGAGACUUUCAUGACACCUGGGCACCCUCAGGAUGGACAAGUGGUAUUUUACAAGAUCAGUGUUGAUCGAGGGAUGAACUGGGCAAAAGCACUGGAAAAAUCCUAUCAUCUUGAACACCAACAGGAAGGCUUCUACUUGUCUUACAGGGUUCGUGGAGAAAUGUUUUCUGCAGUUUUGGCAGAACAUCGACAUGGGAAGUACUUCAACCUGUACAAACCUAACAUUGGGAGACAGAGCCAGGCUGAAGCUUUGGAUAGUCUUCUCAGCAAAUAUCACAAGGUUACUGCCGAGGAGGCUAUGCCGCAUUGGGAAUGCCAGUACAAUUUCUCUUUAAAUAACUGCAGUCACACCAUGUGGAAUGGUAAUUGUAAAGUGGUACAACAAGGAAAAGAGUGUGUGCAAGGGCUUCGUCUGCGGCAUUAUUAUAUGCUAUGUGGCUCUCUCCUUCGUGUUUGGAGUCGCAUGGCUUCAGUGAUCUCUGAUAUUACCAGUAGCAGCUACCUGCAGAUAGUACGACUGAAAACCAAAGACAAACACAAGCAAGUUGGCAUUAAGAUUCCAGAAAGCUGUGUGUUCAAAGUGCAUGAGGAGUUAAAGCAAAUGGAUUUGAAUGUUAGAAAAAAACAUGAAGAGGCCCGUCCGAAACCUCCUUUGGACCUCUCUUUCAUGACACCACCACCCUUGAUAAAUUCUGGCAUUUUGGAUCUAACAUACAGUCCACCACAUCCUAGUAUACAGGAACAUCUGGGUGGAACUUCUUACUCUGACAGUAUGGGAGACAUUCUUUCUCCCAUUGGAAGUCACCCCAACCAGCACUUCAAUGUAAAAGAGAUCAUAGAAGAAAUGAUUCAGAAACUGAAAGCUCCAGAUCCUCCUUCAGACCGUCAGAGUGUUAUUCAAUUUGGGGGAGAACAUAAUAGCUUCUGGGGAACAGGCUGAAAAUCGACCUACCUUCAACUGACCUCAGACCAGCAGCUCUGUUCCAGUGCUGCUACUAGAGCCCCCCACUGUAUCAAGUGGGUCCUGCAGAAACUUUAUGGAUGUAUUAUGUGCUUUGCAGGUAUAAAAUAAUAGCAGGAUUCACCUGUAAGAACUAAAGGGGAAGUUCAUCUGCUAGAGCUGUUCUGCUUGGGGGACACUCAGAAUACCCCACAGUGAAAUACAUACUCAUUCUGACAACAACUCUAUGUAACAACACAUCCGUUACUCCACACUCCUUACUAGAUGACGCACCACAGCUUGGGGCCAUGCUUCCAGCAUUUAGCUCAUUUGUUGUGUUCAAAAUUGUCUGUGGAUCUGAGUGCCCAUGUCCUGUUCAGUGGAGGGCUGUCUGUUUUUAACUGAUAAGGAUUUGAGGGCCACCAUCUUCCCUAGUGCUUGUUUUUGGUUCAUUCCUCCCACCCUAUUUCCUGGAAACAUGUUUCUGGGGGUGACUCCUCACAGCGCUCAGCACUUUAUCCCCUCCUCCACAGAGCAUUAUUAAAUCAUUGGCCCACAGGUUCUUGUGGAGCUAUAGUUAUGUGAGUUGGUGGUAACAUUUGUGGAGGUGGGAGGGAGAGUUCAGUUUGAAUUUUUAUUUUAUAUAGUUAUAAAAAAAAAAAAAAAGUUAUUUAUCCUAUGCUAAUCUUUGCACUAAUUGCCUUCCUCCUGUCCUGCCCUGCCCAUCAGACUGUGGUAGGGAAGGGCCUGGGUGUCUGCUCAGGGUAUGUGUGUAUAUGUAUGUAUGUAUGCAUAUGUAUCUAUAUAUAUAUCUAUAUAUAUAUAUAUAUAUAUAUAUAUAUAUUUGUGUGUGUGUGCUGAAACUGUAGCAGCCACUCUUUCUUUUGACGUAAUGCCAAAGAAAAUAUUUUUUUUAAAAUCCAGUAUAUGUGGAAGCUGCAGACAAGGAGAUAUCAGCACGAUGAGAUAAGCAUGGAGUACAAAUUACAGAAGUGUGAAACAGGUGUUAUUCUAAGCAUCCAUUGAAAUCUAAAACCAAACUAUCAGUGACAAUUCUAACAGUUAUAUGUUUAUUCAGCACACAUGUAGAAAUAUUUCCAGAAGCAGAUUUCAAUGCCAUGCUUUCUGUUCAUUUGGCCCCAGAGCCCUGCAAAGUAGCGAUCCCAUCUCUUUUUUUGUUUCCAGACAUGUAUUUUACCUUCUGAUAUUUUAUGUGAAAAACACCUAAUCUCCGGUGGCAUCAACGGUAGGUUUUAAGCAAUCGGGGAAAAUAAUUUUAAUACUUAUUUAGGCUUAGUAACACGUACAAUGAAAUGCAGGCCAUUGCAAGUAGUAAUUUAUUUACUGGAAAACUGUUUUUCAGAACAUUCGUUUUUUCCGUCCCACAGGAGCACAUCCCUUUUAUUUGCUCAUUUUGAUUCAACGUGACUUUUAAUUUGCAAACAAGAAUGCCAUUCAUUUCAGAGAAUGAGUCCACUAUUAAAAAAAUGCAGGGAUGGUGUUUUUAUAUUUCGCUACCCAGCUCUCCAUCUUUAUUUUCCUUGGUCUCGUGCUUUUUCUUUUUAUGAACCGUUAAUAAGAAAAAAUGUCUUGAUAUGUGCUGCGUACUUGUGAAUGCCUUAAGAUAGAUUUGAAAAGGGAAUAUAGAAACUGUGAAAAAUGGCAGACUUAGGUCUGAGUAUAGAGAGAUGAAACCAUUGUGACUGAGACAAACAGUUCUCUGCAAAUUACAUCCAACCCAUGAGUGAAUACUGUAAUUGCACAUUGCAAAAUCCGUCUUAUAAGAUUUCAUUUGUCAGUCAACCACCUUCUAAGUGUUUCAGUAUUGAUGCGUAUUCUGAAUCUAUGCUUGCUGGUCCAUUGCUCACUAGUAAACAGCUCUCAGCAGUCACCCCCCCACUAUAUAGUGCGACCUUCACUUACUGCCAUAUGAAAGCUCUUGAUAAAUGUGCAAUAAAUUAUCUAAAAUGAAAUGCCACCUCCUUUAUAACUUUUUACAAGUAGAUGAAAUAUUGAGUCAGCACUGUGUAAUAUAGCAUUGUACAGAGUUUUAAAAUUAAAUAAAAUUGGCCAAAGAUUAGAGUCUGCAAUGGUAUUAGAAUUGUCCCACCCUUCCCUGUUAACUGUCAACACCCUACCAUUUACAGACUCUUUUUCUGCCAUUGUAGGCAGCAUUGGCCUACAGUGCAAUGCAAAUAUCUUGUGCAAUUUGCUGGCACAGUUUGUCUUAAAUAUGCAAUGUCCACUAUUUAGUGCCUUGCAGUUUUUAUUUCAUACCCUUAAAAAUUGUGUGCUUUAACGCUGGGCUCAGCAGUUCUUAUUUUAUGUCUUUUCUGUAUGUUGCUGAACUAUAUCUCAGGUAUUUUAACCCCUUCACUACUAGAGUAGUGUGCAGCAUUGAGCCAGCACCUCUGGCAGUUAAGGGGUUUAGAGGAGCUGCUGCUUCUCUCCUAUCUCCCACCUCCGAAUGUCAGGUUAUCCCUAGCAGAUCACUUCCCAGUGUCCAGUAUGAUGGACAGUCGUGUUUUGCAGUAAGUUAUUUUGACGUGUGCUACUAAUCCUGCGUUUUCCCGCAUGGGUUCUCUUGAGCAUAUUUAUGAGUCUGUAAUAUAUAUAUAUGUGUGUAUGUAUACAGUUUUAUUUAGAAUAUGUGCCUUCAAGUAAUUCCUACAUUUUCUACUUGUAUUCAAAGAGUGGAUUGGCAAGACAACCCAAGCCACCUCAGUAAAAUUUUCAAGCCAAUUGAUUUAAAA